AUGGGUCGCUUCGCUCUCCUUUCCCUCGCCCUCGUCUCCCUCUUCACCGGAAGUCUCGCAUCCGAGACACCAGUAGAAGAAGCUGCCCCCGCGCCAUCUCUAGCUGUUUCCGUGAAAGCAUCAUUCCCUUCAUCGGAGAUCUUUGGCAUCAAGCUCGUCAAUGGCCAGGCUACACAAGCUUUGCUAGCUUUCACCAAUGAUGAAGAAGUCCCCAUCACCGUCAACUUCGUGGGCGGAAGCCUUUCGACUUUGGAUGAACCUUCCCAAAAUGUCCGCAACCUCUCCGCGACAAACUACGGAGUCCAAAUCCCGGCUGGAGAGACCCAGACUUUGCCCUACAGUCUCACGACUGAAAUGCACCCUCAGGACCUCCGAUUGAACCUAAUCUCUGUCAUCAGCAAGAACAUCACCCAGUUCUACACUAUCCAGGCUUUCGAUGGUCCCGUCAGCGUCGUCGAGCCCGAGACCAGCAUCUUUGACCCUCAGAUCAUCUUCCUCUACUUCUUCAUCCUUGCCUUCUUCGCCGGUAUCUUCUACUUCUUCUACACCGUGUGGAUCGCCCCCUACUUUCCCCAGAAGCGACGUGGCCGUGAGUCCAAGAAGGCUGGUGCCGCCGUCAAGAAGACUGAUCUCGAUGUUCCAUCUCCUGAUGCUGCUGUUCCCUCCGCCACUUCCUACAACUCUGACUGGAUCCCUGCCCACCACAUCCAGAAGCCCGAGGCUCGUAAGGUCAAGGGCGCACGAUCCAAGUCCCGUGCUUAA